UUUUUAUUAUAUAAAUAAAAAAUAAGGUGGAUAUAUAACUUUUAUUUUCUUAAAAUUAAUUAUUUUAUUUUGCAAUUGACUCUCCAGUUGGAGGACCAGUCCUCACUAUCCCGACCAAGUUUGUAAACAAUGUAAUUGCCAAAUAUAUUCUUGAUUUAGAUCAUAGCUAUUUUUCCGUUUAUCCAAAUAAUUUGUCGGAGAUCAGAUACGUCCAGAUGGAAGCAGCCAGCAGUAAUAAUGGUAGUGAUGCCAAGUCACCUCUGCUGUGGAAGCGCGGUAGCAGUGGGCGCAGCCGCCGUGGUCUCAGUCGCCGGAAUUCUGUAAACUCACUACGCAGCGAUUUCAUUUCCAGGCUUCCAGAUAAGGUCCGGGCAGCAGUUGACCCGAAGACCCCAUCAGCUGUUCGUCUUUCGUCAAUUCAGGGUUUAAGUGGAGGAGAAAAGGAUUAUUACGAAAGACAAUUUGCCACCUUAAAGUCAUUUAAGGAAGUUGAUUGCGUGGUGUCAUCCGAUGGUUUGGACGAGGAGGAUUUGGAAGAGCAAUCACAACACGAGAGAGCUAUGAGGAUAUCCAAUUAUGCAAAUAUUUUGCUGCUGGCAUUUAAAAUCUUUGCCACGGUAAAGAGUGGAUCACUAGCCAUUGCUGCAUCGACCCUUGAUUCAUUGCUUGAUCUAAUGGCUGGGGGCAUACUUUGGUUUACCCACCUCUCGAUGAAAAAUGUUAACAUCUACAAAUAUCCAAUCGGAAAGUUGAGGGUGCAGCCAGUUGGGAUUAUUGUCUUUGCUGCUAUAAUGGCCACUCUUGGGUUCCAGGUUCUGGUCCAGGCUGUAGAGCAAUUAAUCGAAGACAAACAAACUGAAAAAUUGACUUAUAAUCAAUUGGUAUGGUUAUUCUCAAUUAUGCUUUCUGCUUCAGUGGUAAAACUUGGCUUGUGGAUUUACUGCAAGAGUUCGGGAAACAAAAUAGUCCGUGCCUAUGCCAAGGUAUAUAUUCAUCGUGAAACUUGUUUUACAAAAGACCAUUAUUUUGAUGUGGUAACAAAUGUAGUAGGAUUGGUGGCAGCCAUCCUUGGUGAUAAGUUCUUCUGGUGGGUUGAUCCAGCUGGUGCCAUCAUCCUAGCAAUUUAUACGAUUUUGAAUUGGUCUAGAACAGUUCUAGAAAAUGCAGAGUCAUUGGUGGGACAAUCGGCUCCUCCCGAAAUACUGCAAAAAUUGACGUAUCUUGUAAUAAGGCACCCUCGAGUCAAGCGUAUUGACACGGUCCGCGCUUACACAUUCGGCGUCUUGUAUUUUGUUGAGGUUGAUAUUGAGCUCCCAGAAGAUUUGCCCCUCAAAGAAGCUCACACCAUUGGAGAGUCUCUGCAGAUUAAGCUUGAGAAACUUAGAGAAGUUGAGAGAGCAUUUGUUCAUCUCGACUAUGAAUGUGAACACAAACCAGAGCAUUCUGUUCUAAGUCGGCUGCCAAACAGUGAGCCUUGACCCUGCAAACUUGUGAAAAAAAGUAAAUGCUUUUGAGCGAAGUCACGGGACAAAGAGAAAUAUAGAGAAUAAAGGUCCGCAAAAGGUGAAAAAGAAAUAAUAUUCCACUUUGCACUCAACUCAUAGCUUUCUUCCAUGCAAUAUUCUUUGCAAUCCUUAAAUGAUGCUGUCCACAGUCCAUUCUAUGUGGCUGUAGUAACUUUCAAAUUUAUUGAUCAUAUGUAUAUGGCUCAACAUAUUUCUGUAUACCAAAAAAGCAUCGUAUAUUUGAUCAACGAAUUAUAAUAUUCCAAUCUCUUUUCCCACUCCAAACAGACAGCUCCUAUAAAUAACACAGCACAACAUUUUCUUAUACUGAGAACAAAAAAUGGCUAGACGCUACUACAACUCUUAUUACCAUGAAUUUUACCAGUACCUCUCAUUGCCACUCCACUUCAUCUUCAUCCUAUCCAUAAUAUUUCUCUUCUUGAUCUUCACUUGGUACAUAAACUACGAGUACAUGUUUUAUGACCUAAUAGAUCAUCUAAAGCUGAGUCUCAUAGUUUUUCCUGUUCUUCUUUUGCUUGUCGUCCACUGGUUGGCUGAUGAUGAUGAGCGUUUUCCUUUCUCUCUGAGCAUGCCAGAGAAGGACUCACUUUAUAAGCUGGGUGGGUCCCCACUUGGGGUAGCUCUUUUGCUGCUGUUCCUUAUCUUCAUGAUCUCGCACCAUAGCUCAUUGCACGAACGUUGGUUUCCCUUGUUUAGUCGACGCUAGAUGUGCUAUUCCAACAUCAUGAUCCAUUAUUGAGAUUACUUUG